AAGAAAGACAAUUACCAUGCACAUGAGCUGUCCUGCCUCAGGGUGGUCUUUACGUCCUGGGAUAAGAGACAGCUGGGUGUCAGGGGAUAAUGAGUGGAAUGUCUUCCUAAGAGGAUUACUAAAGGUCGUUAACGUGCAACACCACUACCAACGAAACCAGAACUUGUUCCAGUGACCAGUCAGCAGAAAGGCAAUCAUGGUGCAAGCACAUUUAGCAUUGCAAGAUGAUGUCUAGUGGAUCCAAACUACUGAUGGCUGGAGGGGACACGUUCCACAUUUGGCCCCUGCAUUGCAGAGCGAUUUCCUGAAGGGCCGUUUUUGGACAACGCAGGCAUGAAGACUCGACCUGCUGGGAUCGGGAACGCCAACGCCGACUGGAUGGGCUCGCUGCCCCCCAAACUAAUUGUCAUGCCACUCAAACACCUUGCAGUUCCAGGGUCUCAUGACUCAUUCACCUAUUGGGUGGAUGUUCGUGCUCCAGUAGGUCCUGAUCAAAAGGUCUAUGUCAAGUACCUGGCUACCAUGUUUAGCGUUUUAGCCAAAAAGGUGAUGGUGAAGUGGUCCAUGACACAGAAUCUGUCGUUUAAGGAACAACUAGAUGCAGGUAUUCGCUACUUUGAUCUCAGGGUCUCUUCAAAACCAGGCCAACCGGGGCUUGACAUUUUCUUCAUCCACGGUCUCUUUGGACACAAGGUGAUAGAUGGUCUUAUAGAAAUCAACUCCUUCUUGUGCAGGCACAGGAAAGAGGUCAUCUUCUUGGACUUCAACCACUACUAUGCCAUGGGGUCAGCCCACCAUGAAUACCUCAUCAAAAUGCUUCAGGAAGUGUUUGGAAGUAAGCUUUGUAAGAACUGUGACGUGGAGACCAUCACACUGGACUACCUCUGGAAAAACAAAUACCAGGUGAUUGUUUUCUACCAUCAUCCAUCAGCUCAGGGCGUCCCUGUCAUGUGGCCUGGUAACAAGAUCCCCGCACCAUGGGCAAACACAACUGAUCCAAGCAAGCUCAUCCAGUUCCUGGAAAGCACACUGAAGCAAAGAGCCAAGCGGGGCUCGUUCCACGUGUCCCAGGCCAUCCUCACACCUCGGGUCAACACUGUGGCCAAGGGUCUGGUUUGGGGGCUACGGAAUUACUUGGUGGAAAGAAACCUUCCUGCCAUCAUGUCCUGGGUGGAGGUUCAGAGGCCAGGGUUGGACGGGGUCAACAUCAUUACCUCUGACUUUGUGGAACUCACUGACUUUGCCAACGUUGUCAUCAGACUCAACAACUUGCUGUUGUCUGAAAAAGAACAUAAAGUGAGAUGACAACAACUGGACAAAGGUGUGCCGCUUUAUACCGCUUGCUUGCGUGCUAUUGUUCAUUCAUUGUGGCUGUUGUUAUUGUUCUGGGAAUAGCGUAUUUCCCGGUUUAGAGACGGACGAGGUGUCAGUUGUCAUCGCAAAAUAUAUCCACCUGGCAAAAAAAGCCCCGCCCCUCAACCAUCUUGUUUUGUAUAGAUUGUGCAGGUGUGCCAAAUGUUGAGGCCUGUGUUUGUAUUAAGGAUCGGCAUAAUAAUAGAUGAAUUAAUUGCAGAAAAUUCAAUGGAUAUGUGGAGCUAAUUUCUGCUUACUGACCAAUUGAAACACAAUUUAAGAUGAUCCCUUUCCGUUAAACUUCAUAAUUUGUCGAAUUAAUAAUUUAUUAGCAGAAAUAAGUCCAAUGUCCGUUUCCUUGCAUGCUUUCGAAGUAGUCUGGAUCGUGAUUUUUUUUUUACUGCCUGCUUGUGUGCUAAAGUUAGCGUUUUUAACCAUGAAACUAAAAGAGGCAUUGUGGCUCUUCUACGCUUAAACAAGAAAUGUAUACAGUUAAACCUUGAGGGAGGAAAUGUAGGGUUAAGGUUCACACAAUGCAUAUAAAUCACAUGCAAUGUAUACAUGGACAGUAUUUUUGUUAGUGUUAUAAAACAAGGUUUGGUUAAAUAUUUGAUUAAUGCCUGGCUCAUGACGAUAAUAGAUAGAAGAGUCUGAACGUGUGUAUUUAUACAAGUGUGUUGUUGGCUCACUUAUUACAAAUAGUGGCAGUGUCUUCAUUCCUGUGGUCUGAGCAGGGAAAAACACAGGAAAGGGAUUCGAGGAAUUCUGAUAGGAAGGAAGAAGUAAAAAGAAGAAAUAAAAGAUUUGCCUUGAGGGGCAAUUCCCAACAGCUGUUUUCCCCCUCAGUGGAAAGAACAGAAAGUUCCCGAGCGCUUUCAUAUCAGCGCUGCCCGUCACCUCUUAUGGCCGAACCAUGAAUGCAGUCAUUAAAAGUCACCGGCAAAAGCAUUUUAAUUGCGGAGUAAUUACGCAUUCCACGGCAGGCAAGUGGGAGUGGAAAAGGAGCAGCUUGGAUUGAUGAUGAGCAUUCCACUCUUGUUUACAUUGGUCCUUGCUCACUCUAGUAUCUUCUUAUGUUUUGAAAAAAGCAUCAGCUCCCAGUAGUGGACACUCUAAAGUUGCUUCAUCAAAAUGUAAAAUAACUGUAUGUUCAAUGUGGCAGCUGCUUGGUCAAAUAAAUUGUUUGAUAUUUGGGCUAUUUCUGAUUCUGUGGUUAUCAUCACAAUUUCAGAAAGAUUAAAAAAAGUCAA